AUGCGUCUUAAACAAUCGAAUGCAAAAAAAGCAAGUGGUUUUGGAAUUAACGGACCUAGCGAAUUCAUCAUCUUUACCCCGGACAGAGAGUGCACCGGACUAACAUGCUUCGACAAUAAUCCUCAGCUCGAGUCGCAAGAUUGCAAGGAUCAGGAGCAUGCAGAGUCGCCAGUCUUCUUUGGCCAUAUUGAUAGCCUAAGGUCGAGUUGCCCACUUGAGGAAAGUGGGCUUGUGGUAACCGGUGGCGGUGUGGGUGACGGACGUAUUGCUCUUUGGAAUCUGUCAGAGUAUAUACUUUGA